AUGAAGAGCAGUGAAGAAGUAGGAAGAAGAAGAAAAAGAAGCGGGGGACUUGAGAGAAAAGGAGAUCUCGAUGUAGCAGAUGGUGAGUCAAACUCCAUUACGAAGGUUCUCCCAGAUGAAGUCAUUGUUGACAUAUUUUCUCGAUUACCUGUUCGUUCAGCAUCGAAUUGCAAGCUGGUAUGCAGAAAUUGGUGCGAAGUUAUUCGAAGCCCUUUAUUCAGAGAGACUCACCUUCAUCGAGCUUUACUAAGGAAACACGAUAAUACGGUGAGUUUCUUGUUCUUAACUUUAGAUAAUGAUAGUCGACUUUAUCAUGGAUCGCAUUACGAAGAUAGAGAACCCUAUAUGGAAUUUAGAAGGAUUAAUCAUCCACCAAUUAAGAAGAAAUAUGGUAAAACUGCAGUGGUAGGGUCUUGCAAUGGUUUAGUUUGUUUGUCCAAGUACUAUCCACCUAAUAUUAGUGAUCCAGUAUACAUAUGUAAUCCCUACCUUGGAGAACAGAUUACUCUUAGAAAAUUCUCAGUAAUGGUGACAAACAAGAACAAUGUUGUGGUUAAGAAAACGUCUUAUUUGGAUGGUGAAAUUGUGAGUGGGUUUGGGUACAAUUCUAUCAGUGAUGAAUAUAAAGUUGUGAGGAUUUACUGUGCUGCUGGUGGACUGAAUGGUCAAAUUCAGGUAUACACUCUUGGUAGUGGAAGUGGGUGGAGAGACAAAGAAGAGAUUCCUUACUCAUUGAAGCGUGAUGAAAUUAUUACUUUAACUCAUUUCCUCACUGACUCACAUACUGACUAUUGGGAGAUAUAUAACCCAUCUCGUGGUGUCCUUGCGAACAGUGCUCUUCAUUGGUUUGAUCAAGAAUGGGAAAUUGUAGCCUUUGAUUUGGCAGAAGAGCAGUUCAGUUUGCUCCCGUCACCAAAUUGUGAUGGCGUGAGAAACUUUCUUCCACUGCAAGUGUUGGAAGGGCGGUUGUGUGUUGCCAGCAGAAGCCAGGAUGGUAAUCGUCUUGAAAUAUUGUCAUUUUACAAGGCAAGUAGUGAGUGGGAAAAUAUGUUCAGCAUAUCAUGUCGGUCAGAUGACUUUAAGGAUGUUUACUGGCCAAUUUCUCUGACAUUGAGCGGAAAACUUAUAUUGCGGCCAAAUUACGAGACUCUCAUUUGUUAUGAUCCCCAAACUGGAGAGUUUAAAGAACAAAUGGUUCGUAACACAGAUACUCAUGUUGGGCCAUCCUUUUGUGACUAUCCCAAGGUUGAAGCAAUACCUCACAUGAAUAGCUUUGUUUCUUUGAAAGCUCUAGGAGAGAAAUCUAAGACGAUAACAAGUGAUGCAACUAGUAGCAGAAGCAAAAGGAGCAGAUCACUACUGUAG